CAGCAGACGGCUCUUUACGCUCACGUCCAUGAUCGGGAGGGCGAGCAAACUCGGCAAAGAUGGAAAAACCUGGUGGAGGCAGGAGGCGUCGACGACCCAGCAUCACCUGAAGAACUGGAAGGUGAUGCUGUGGGUGGUGGCGUCAUUGCUGACAUUGGUGGAGGAUGUGUUUUCUGAGGAGGACAAUAAAAAGGUUCAGUCAGACGUCCAGCAUGUAUUUAACCAGCCCUCCUGGUCUCCUGCAGAGAAUCCGGAACAGGACGGCGGCAUCCAUGCGCCCUGGCCGGAGGCUGUUGAAGAGUGGUCCCUGAUGCAGGAAGUGGAAAUCCAGCAAAGCAGAUGGCGUCGCUCCCCUCGUGACCCAAACUCACCCAGAGCAUCAAGGAAGAACCGCAAGAGGACCAAGAGCAGUCGAGACUGUCACUUGGAGAAGAAGCAGAUGAAGGUGCGGGAUCUCGGCCUGGGCUACGACUCAGAUGAGAUAAUCCUCUUUAAGUACUGCGCUGGCACAUGCCACAGCUCACGCAGGAACUACGACCUGGCUGUCAAGGCUCUGAUGGACAAUGGGAGCAUCGCUGACAAGAAGGUCAGCAGUCACCCCUGCUGUCGUCCUACACGCUAUGAGCCUGUGUCCUUCAUGGACACCCAGACCACAUGGCAGACAAUCGAUAGGCUCUCAGCGGCCAACUGCAGCUGCAUGGGCUGAUGAUCUAUCUGCAAUACACAAACACGGAGAAGCUCUUGUGUGAAAGAGCAGGAUGCUGCAAAGCCCUACAGUUGGUGACAUAACCCUGGUUCAGUGCAGUGGCCAGGGUCUUCCCUCCACUGAUAGCUUUGGCUGUUGCAAAUAGGGGUUCAGGCACAUUCAGAUAGAGCCUGAUGGCUAUGUGUCACCAGCCUGGGGCAGUGGAAGGUUUAUGUAGAUGCCACCAGCAAUAAGCACAGAGGAGGAAAAAGUACUGUUCCGGUCCAUAGUGGAUUAUAUUUUGUGUCCUUCAUUCAGCCUAUUGAAGGCUUUCGGGUAAUGCAACACCUUGUGGCAGCCAUGUUUGAGGGCUUCAGCUCUUUGGCAAAAGAAGCUCUGAGUGUCUGAUUACGUUUCUAAACGUGCAGCUUGGCUAUUUCACCAGAAUUCAGUUUGUUUUGUUGAUAACUUCUGUUUGAUUUUUGACUGGGAGCUGUUGAUAUCACCACUAAUCUGUUCAUUGAAGAAAAUCACAGUACACGAUCAGCUACCUAGGUCAUACGUUAGCAAGUCCUCGAGUAGAAGCUAGUGUUAGAGGAGGCAAAGUGCAUGCAGACAUUUGUGGCUUAAACAUCCAGCUCCAGCAGGUAUGAAGGGUAAAAAUUUCUUCAUUUCUAUUCACAAAUGAUUCAUUUGUGCCAAGUAAUUAACAGACUGGAAACAACAAACAACAGAACUUAAGUCUACAAGCCAAAAUCCAAAGGCUAUACACUUAUCUCAAUCUUAAUCAUAAUAAAGCUGUAUUAAGAUUGUCCAAGACAGCUUUUGCUGUCAUUCAUCAUUAGAGUGAGACCACCAUCAGAUAUCAUCAA